AUGGAAGAUCACAAGUCAAACAGCCUAGUUAGUAAUAUCGGUGGCAUCCUUAACCUGUCAAGCAUUACUCUAGGCCAGCAGCCUAUUUCAGCCAUUCUUUCCCCAGGGCUGUUACCAAAUACCUCAAAAACUGGAGUUAAUAUACCUUCUGGCUCUGUGGCUGACCCCGCAAUUUUAUCCGGACCCGACAGCAGCUUCCAUGCUGUCAAGACAGUCCUUAACACGACACCAACGAUUAGCCAGGGGCCGAAAUCUAUAGCCAAGCCUACCGAUGAAGCAGAAAAAGUGCAAACUAAAGAGAUUUCGGGCGUAAUUAACCCAAAGGUCUCCGCUGCUAGUGAUCUAGUGAAAGCUGGGGGUACUAGGAGACGGCGCUUUAGAAGCUCUACCUCAUCUUCAUCAUUAUCAAGUUCUCGAUCACGAUCUCCUCCAUCUGUAAGGCUACGGCGAACGAGACCUCGCGAACAUACGAGUCGCAGCUCUUCGAGAUCUAGGUAG